GUGUGUUUGUGCAAGAUAUUCUUCUGUUAUUGACUCAAGUUCCUCCUGUUGAAUGUUUGCAGAUAUUUUUGCAUUAAUUGAAGGACAGAUUUUUCCCACAUAUAUUGAUUCAAUUUGCCAAAGCUUGGUGAUUUAUUUACAAUAAUGGCAAUAUCUGAUAAAGAAGCUUUCAGAAUAUUAGAACUUCCUUUAGGUGUUGACAAGGAUGCCAUAACACAACGCUAUCGCAGUUUAAGCAGCAAAUUGUCUUCUAGUCGUGCAAGUGAAGAUGUUAAAAAAUUAGAACGUGUUGUUCAAGCUUAUAAUCAAUUGCUGCCUCCUCAUAAGCGGGACCAGCCUAACAAUGCUGAGAAAAAGAAGGAGAAGAAAAGACGCAGGAAGGAAAAGAAGAAAUCGAAUGAUAAAAAUGAAAAUAAAUUCAUCAAUAAUAACGGGAAAAUAGGUGGCGACGACUCAGAAUGUUCAUCUGAGGGGGAUGAAGAGCAGCUGGAGUUGACGGAAUCUUUAUCGGCACGUGGAGUGAAGGCUCCUCUUAACUCCAAUGGAGCAACUGUUAAGAGCCUGAGCAACAGAAAAACUGUGGUAGAUGAUAACCAUCCUUAUAUUGACCCUGAGGUGCUCCGCAACCGCCAAGUCCAGGCACGUGGCAUGGCCGUGCAGGGCAAUGAAGCCGCCGCCCAGGGCCUCCACCAGCGCGCAGUUAAACUCUUUACUCAGGCUGCUGCUUACGACCCUAAUGACCAUCGCUUCCUUGGCAAUCGCUCCUUUUGCUAUGAACAACUUAAACAAUUUGAUAAGGCGCUAUCUGACGCGGAUAAAGCCAUUCAAUUGUCCCCUGGUUGGCCUAAAGGAUAUUUUAGAAGAGGGCGCGCCUUGCGAGGACUCGGACAAUUGACGGAGGCUGAAGAGGCGUUUUCUCGAGUGCUGCAGCUGGACCCUGCGUGUCAAGAAGCGCAGGAGGAGAUCAGCCAUGUGCAGCGUGACCGCCUCACUGAGAUGGGCUUUACUGUUGAGCAGUCAACUCGAGCUAUUGAAAAGUAUCGUCAAGUGCAGCCGGCCCUGGACGCGCUUCUGGCGGGUGAAUUUCAGGAGGCCACUGCAUGCAUAUUUUAUUCCGACGGCGAGGACGAAGAAGAUGCCAAGGAAACCAGCGACGCGUGGAAGGUUUCCGACAGCCAGCUUGUUACUGCUAAGAAGACUUACGUCAAAAACGAUGUUAAGAUGAAUCCCCGUAAUCCUCAAGGGUUGACGUCGUUAUGGGUCGGCAAUGUUCUUCCUGAAGUUACCGAGAAGGAACUCCAAAAACUUUUUUCGAGGCACGGCCAUGUGAGCAGCGUGCGACAACUCAAGGAGAAAUUCUGCGCAUUCGUGAACUUCAGCGAGAGCAGCAGCGCAGGUCGGGCCAUGAACGCACUGCAAGGCCACACCGUCAACGGCCAGCGCCUUCUCAUUAAAUUUCCGGACAAUCCUAUCACUUCGAGUGUAGCGGGUCCACAGGGCGGCGCCAGAAGACGGAACGCAAUGGGGCCUAACAGCACCAACGGCUCGUCGUUCCAGGACACCGACUCCCGCAAGCAGCGCGGCCCCACCCACAACGGCGAGUGCUACUAUUGGCGCACCACAGGAUGCGUCUACGAGAACUCCUGCAGGAAUGCGCACGUGGUCGCUCAUAGAGGCAUCGAUCGCAAGCCCUGGCAGAAAUGAAUCACUUCUAAACGUCUACAGGAGCGCUUUGCUUGUGUCGGCCACGACAAUGACGGAAUUGUUAGUGUGGUAGGCUAAUUGGUUAAUUCGUUAGGUUUGAGACUCCUUCGUUUGUUCGCGCAUUAAGAACUUGUUCGUUGUUUGGAGAAAUUCCAUUGACUCGUGUGGUACACAUGAAGUUGCUUAUUACCCGGUUAUUUAAUCAGAAAAUAUAAUUUAUGCGUAACUUGCUAACCAUGAUAUCUUGAAUAAAUGAAAAUUCGUCUUGGAUUAUUCUCAGAGUUUCGGUAUGGUGAACGAAUUUGCCAUGCAUUUUGUGCAAGAUGGAAUUCUGGUCGUGAUUUGCAAUUUUAUAUUCCACCGUUAAAGAAUCACGCGGAAAAAAUGCUCUUAGAGUUAGGCGAAGUUCGAACAAGUAUGCAUGUAUUAUUUAUCGUUUCAUCGGUGUAUAAUGGGCAUACUGAACCUGGUGAUAUUAUUUUAAUUAAGAAUAAGACAGGCAGACGUAAUCAGCACAAUCAAUUUGCGCGUCAUUGGCAAACUAUUCGGUCAUUUUUCAUGACGAUACAGUUUGUAUCUGUCGAGCAACUUCGUGCUAUCAGUAUUUAGACAAAAAUGUGCCCCGCUACACGAGUUCAGUUUCGCAACAGUAUUCUAUGAACAUCAUUUUUCCCCUUCUUUCACAAAGGUGUACGCAAAUAUUUAUCAAAAAUCAGAAAGGAACGCAACAGUUUUCUAUGAACAUAAUUUUUUCGUUCUUUCACAAAGAUGUAUGCAAAUAUUUAUCAAAAACCAGAAAGGAACAUUGUGAACGAAGUAUCCGGUGUAAUUAUUUAUUUAAGAAAAACGUUUAAAUUACUAGUCGGAUCACUGAAAAGUCCUUGAACAGGCUUGAAGUUUGUGGCGACUUUGGUUAUCUUCUCGAUGGCAUCAGCAUCCAUAGUGUCCAACUGUUGAGAAAUAGUUAUAGAUACAGAAUUUUACCUGGAUAAAAUAUUAUUUAUUCUAUCCAGUUAUAAUGUAAUGUAUUACAAAAAUUGAUAAUUUUAUUAAUACCGACCACAGGGAAAACAUAAACGGGCAGAAAUUUUUUUUAAUAACACAGGUAUCCCUAACUCGGCAAAAAAAGAACUGACAAUGAAACCAACUUUGUACAAGACCCACCGCUCGUAAAGCUAACCUUGCCGUCGUGCGUUAUCGUCUCACCUCGUCAUAUUCGACCUCAAGAUAACUGUUGAGGGGAGCUUCCUCCAGGUCACCGGGUCGCUUGACAAAGCUCGCCGCUUUGUACAACUUUUCAGGAGCUUUGUGGCUAACGGUAGCCACUUCCCACAGGCUGCUCAUGUUGGCUUUGGUUUGCAUAAGGUCGGCUUGGAAGACAUCAUAAGGAUCACAAGCUACGGGCGUCUCCUGCUCAUCGUCGUACAUUAUCUUGAGGCUGGGGAAGCGCGCCAGCACAUUAAUGAUGCACCUCACGACCAGCACUGAGCAGUUGGCAGGGGCGAAGAGCAGGAGUCGUGACAGGCGCUUGACGAAAGCAGCGACCAUGUACUCCGGCAGAUGUGAUGACGACAGGAACACGUUAAGUAGCAUGAAGAAGCGGGGCUUGUAUCGAGCGUUGAAUACGCUAGGCUCCAACAGACUGCAUACUUUGUUGUAGAAGUCCGGAUAAUGCCUGUAGUGCGCCAUCAAGAAAAUGUUAAUACCUAGUUUCUAAAACAC